GCAUCAUCAAAUUGUGAGCUCACGCGUUGCCCUCGACAAAAAAGCCAAGCUAACUCCAUCCACCACCGUUUGUGUUGUGUUGGCAAUGGACAAAGAAGAACGACCAUGCUGCAACUAACCAAAACAACGGCGUUGCUGCUGAUAUUGUUCUUCACAAGUCAGAUCAGAAGGGGUACGGGACAUUCACUGAGUGUGGGAGCAGCAACAGCGCCUGAGGAAAUUGAGGAGAAUUUUGUCCUCAGCGAGUAUAUUGAAGAUGAAGACACUGAUGCACGAGACGAUUUUGAACCCGACAACUCAGAUGAAGAUGAGGAAGAAUCGAGUGAUAAUGAUGAUGAGACUGAGGAUGAGACUGAUCCAGAACCAACAUACGUUAGAAAAGCCUUGAGGCAGAGAACAAGACCUCGAAGAGGCGACAAAGAUAGCGCGCGAGGCUCGAGGGAUACCAGGGAGCUGAAAGGGAAGGGGAAAGGAGGAGGGUACAGUAGCGGAAGAUCCUUUAGCCGUAGCUUUCUUGAUCCAGAUAUUGAGCCCAAGCCUUUCAUUAACUGCAUUCCAAUACCACCUGACUUCUCCAGAAGCAAUCGGGGUAGCAAGAGCAAGGGAGGCAAAGGCAAAGGAGGCAAGGGAAAAGGAAACCGGCGGAACGGGAGAAGGCACAGGAGCAAAAGACGAAACUUGAAAGGUAGAGACUUAAAAGGAGGCGGAAGAAGCAGCAGCAGCAGCAGCCGUAGCGGACGAAACCGCAUGAAUGGCCGAAACAACGGUGGAAAGGGAGGAGGAAGAGGGAGGAACAAAAAGCUACCGUACUGCCCACUUCCUACAUUCCCUCCAACCUUUUUGCCUUCUCAAACUCCCAUUCCGACGUUCACCCCUUUGCCAACGGUAACGCCAUUCCCAACGUUUACCCCAUUCCCAACAGAGUUCGUGUCUGUUGCUCCAACGGUGCCACCUUCCAGCCAACCUACCAUUGCCCCGUCAGUGUCAAGUCGCCCUUCGCAACAGCCUACCCGCUCCAAUGCACCAUCGCUUUCCGCUGUACCCAGUGGUGGACCCGUCACGAGCGCACCCACUUCUAGUACUUCAGCACCUACUCCCACAGGAGCAACCACCCGACUUAUCGCUUCGCGACUUGGCUACAGCUUUUUUGCUGGGACAACAAUUCGGGCCCCGACCACCGAGGAACUGAAUGGAUUGGUCACGGCAACAAAUAAUUUCUUUGAUGCCCAGCUUCAAUUGUCAUAUCCCAACUCCUAUGUUCCUGGCAGUGCUUCCAUGACCAAUAUCGCUCAGACGUUUGAUGCGAAUGCGGCAAUGUAUCCCGUAAUCUUGGAUUAUGAUCUCACAACAUCCUUCACAACCAGCAGUGCCAACACCCCAACAGCAGCACAGAUCUUUGCCGAAAUGGAAACAUAUCCUUUCACAACAUACAUUGAGCAGUAUGUGUGGAAUGCUGAGCCACAGGGGACGAGCUUGUUCUUCGAUACAGAAAUGGUGGUAUUCCGAGCCAGGAGUCAAGCGGUUAGGUGAAACAAUGUCACGGAGCACUGUCAAGAUUUGAACCCCACGGGAAGCGCAAGUAUUCAAGUAGUUGCCUGGGUGGCUGAGAAUACUAAAAGCGUCGAAGGAAAGUGGGACAUUUUGGUGCGUUUCGACCAGAGACAAUGGUCGAUGAGCAAACUGAACUCUGCACUGUGAAGAGAGACGCCCCAAGGUUGUUUCAGCACCUGAGUCCAAGGACCCCCACAGCAGGAGAAAUCAAGCACACGCGCACCUACAAAUCAUUCAGGGGCGGGGAACCAGCAUGUAUAUCCAGUUUUAAUUAAUUAAGCUAAGAUGGGAGAUAAAGCAGCAGCAUAUUUUAGAAACCACACUUUUUGAUGCAGACUUUGUAUUACGCCUCUAAUCUAUUAAGUUUCAUCAACACAACCU